GCUAACGACUCUGACUUGAACUGCAACUGGGACGGACGGGGAGGUCCUAAUGAGCACAGCAGCAGCUGGGAGCACUUCACCACGUGACCCGAGAUAUGUUAGCUAGCAGCCGUCGUCACUUCAUCCAAUUCAUGUCAUCCGGACUCGGAUGGGCAAAGGUAAGUCGACACGGAAACAUAACUCAACAACACCCGAACGCUAACCUGGCACACGGCGUCGCUUCCGUUCAGCCGACAGCAAGGGCUGUUUUGAAAAUACAGACAAAAAGAAAAAACAACGCCUUACAACGAGCUGUUCUUACUAGUCUUGCGGUAGCUGCACGAGCGUCUCGGUCGCUCAUGUCCCAUUUACACUAUUCCAGUUUAGACGCUAGAAUGCGUUUCGCGGCCCCUAAUUUUCACGAGCUUUAUUAUUAUUAUUAUUAUUAUUAUUUGCAAUUCUUGGUAAUACGUUUUGCGGUGUUUGUGUGUGUGUGUGGGGGGGGGGGGUCAAAUAUGUAGGUCAAGACGGCGCAUUAGAAUGAUCAGCUCAUGUGGCUAGCAUGACAAGUUUGCUCAUUGCACGUUUUUGCUAGCUUGUUUAAGACCGCAUUCAGUAGACUAGGUGUGUCAGAAACGUUUCGAUUUUCAAACCUAAAUGACAAAUUUCCCCUUCAAUGUUACGAACAUCUAUACUGGUGUGUCUUAAAAACAUCCUGCUGCUUCAUUCGGAGAAAGUGAGUUGAGAAGACUCAAUGCUGCUUCACCAUGACAACGUGCCUGCUCACAGUCCCCUGAGCAUCUGACGGUUCCUGGCGGAGAAAAAAACCCUCGUAGGAGUGACCUUCCUACUCACCCAACAUCGAUAUGUCAUUUUCUUCCCCGUCCCCCCCCCCCGAGCGCAGCUGGGUCCAUUUUGAAGACAUGGUUGUCGUCAACAUGGUCCUGACCAUGGAGUUGCUGGAAAGAAUUUGUGCAGGACUAAAUUUAGUUUCUAUUUACUCACUGGACCCCUAAUGUUUCUGAAAUAGACAAUGUCAUUAAAAGAGCACAUACUAUGGAAAAAUUUACCUUCUUUGUAUACCGUUCCAGGUGAGUCUCUGGAGUGCCUGCCCACCUAUCUAAUGUGUAAUGAAACAAGCUUCCCAAACCACGUCUUGACCUUCUGAAACCAGAGACAGAGGAGCAAAAACCUGCUACUUGGGUUGCAGGAGUCGACCGGAGCGUGUCUACCCCCCCAGUGGACUUUGAGGAGGGGGGAGUAGGAAGAAGGCGAGGCCGCUGCCGUUAAUGCUCAGAGUAUGGGGCAAAAAGUCCCAGGUGGUAUUAAAACCAUUGAUAUGCGAGAUCCAGCAUUCAGCCCGCUGAAGCUGGAGUUGCAGGCCCUAAAUCACACCAAGCCUUCUCGACUGGACCUGCUGCUGGACAUGCCGCCCGCCGGCGCGGACGUCCAGGUCAAGCACUCCUGGAACAAUGACGACCGCUCGCUCAACAUCUUUGUCAAGGACGAUAACAAGCUGGUUUUCCACAGGCACCCCGUGGCGCAAAGCACGGACGCCAUCCGGGGCCGUGUUGGCUAUACGCGGGGACUGCACGUUUGGGAAAUCAGCUGGGCCAUGCGUCAAAGGGGCACGCACGCGGUGGUCGGUGUGGCCACGAGCGCCGCGCCACUCCACUCGGUGGGCUACACGGCGCUGGUGGGAAGUAACAACGAGUCUUGGGGUUGGGACCUGUGCAGGAGUAAACUCUACCACGACAGCGAUCAUUCUGGAAAGACGUACCCUUCCUUCCUCGAGCCGGAUGACACCUUCCUCAUACCGGACUCCCUCUUAGUUGUCUUGGACAUGGACGAGGGGACGCUGGGUUACAUCGUGGAUGGCCAUUACCUGGGGGUGGCCUUCCGAGGACUUAAAGGCAGGAAGCUGUACCCGGUGGUGAGCGCUGUGUGGGGACACUGUGAAAUACGAAUGCGGUACAUCAACGGACUUGACCCUGAACCUCUGACUCUGAUGGACCUGUGUCGGCGCUCGGUGCGUGUGGCUCUUGGGAGGGAGCGUCUGAGUGAAAUUCCAAGGCUGCCCUUGCCGGCCUUUCUCAAGAACUACCUGCUCUACCAAUGACGACACUUUCAAAGUUCAAUAGUAACUAUACCACCCCUCCCCUUGUCCCGCUCUUAUUUCUCUCUUGUGCUUCUCUGGGAUCCUUCUUUGGUCAAACUUGUUUGACAGCAUUUCCGAGGCCUGUUAGACAGACUUGUGCUCACAGAUGUUACAAUAAGUAUGCUUUUGUGAUAGUGGCUGGACUUUUUUUUUUUUUUUAGGGUCUUCUCCUGUUUUAAUGUAGUACUCUUAACUUAAAAGAAAUCAGGAAUCACUGAGUUUCUAUGCACAUGCUGAUAGGACAAACUAUGCCUUGACAGUCAAGCCAAUAGUGGUCAGUGUCUCAUGUAAAACUCAAGACUGUCUGUCUUGGUAAUAUUUUAAUAUUUUGAUUGCAAUGAAAUUACACUUGUUCUAAGGCGCAGUUGCGCAAUAGCCACAAGGUGGCAGCAUUUAUGCUUGUCAUGCAAACGCGAGCACGAGAUGAGCUGCAGGUCGUCCAUGUCCCUGAGGAUAUUAAAAAUGGAGGAUGAAAGCAGUUUUUUUUUUCUAUUUUUUUUUUUUUUUUUUUAAGUGAUGAUUUUUAGAUAGACAACCGAAGUGAGAUGCUGACCACACCAGUGAGGCUAAUGUAGUGCAGCAUUGGCCCGGUAUUUCCUGCUCACACGCAAGGCAUCUGACUAGAACUACUAACUAAAUCAGCAAAAAUCUUCUGAACUAUGUCACUGUGAUCAUUCAUCGCAUGUAUCUGCAAGAAAUGAUUCUUUUUGUGAUUGCAUUGUUUUUAAAGUUUCUUUAAUUUGUUUCUUAGUGCAAUUUUGACUUCUGUCAUUCCCACAUUCACAGUCACAGGUUAGCGCACAAAGUAAAAACCAGCUCAUUGAGAUGUGUGAAUGGAAGCGGCACAUAUCGAGGCACAUGUUUGUGCGUCAACACAAUUGUACAUUUAUAGCACCAUGAUCGACAAAUCAGAACGACAAUCCACAAUGUGCUGCUCUGACGUCAUCAAGGUUCUGCGCUGCCGUCACUGUCAAAUGGCACGUGGUACUUCAUAUCACACCUGUUGAUUCUGGUGCAUCUAAAUGUGUUGUGCAGCUCUCUGAUCUUCAGUCAGCACUCCAUGUGCCACAGCUGUUUUCCUUACUGCUUGCAUUUUAUUUGUACUUGUAGAUGUGUUUAUGUAGCUAUUAAAGAUUAUUUCCUGUUGA